UGCAACAUCCAUCGUUAACGCUAGGAUCGGUCGUAAGGAUCGGCCCAUCUAAUUUUGUUUUUAGUGGUAGACGCAUGUUCUUAACGAUAUAUUUACAGGAAAGCUCUGCAGAUGAGAGAAAAAACAUUGAUGGAAAAAAACAAAGGGAUAGAGAAUGCAAGAAACAGUGGAUCAAGAUUUAUACACCAUUUUGGAAUCGUCCACGUCAGCCUCGUAUGAAGAAUUGAAAGCUAGUUACAGGAGACUCGUUCUAAAGUAUCAUCCAGAUAAAGUGAGUGAAGAUGAGAGGGAAGGCUGUCAUUUAGAGUUCCAGAGAUUAGAUAAAGCUUGGAAGAUCCUCAGUGACUCAAAUCUUAGACACCAGUAUGACACCAGACAAAGAGCCACCCAGUUGACUAAUACUUUGGUUAAUGAUGAGAUCAAUCUAGAUGACAUGUCUUGGAACGAAGAUGACCUGACCUACAGCCACCAAUGCCGAUGUGGAGGGGAGUAUAUCCUGAGUGAGGAUGAUGCAUCGGAGGGAUCAAGGCUUGUCAACUGUUCUAAUUGCUCUCUGUGUAUCGAGGUAGUGGUAGAAGAAGAACUCGAUGAGUCGGUGCAGAAGGAUGUGACAAAGAGAUGAUAUUCCAAACUUCGGAGACUCCAGAAUAAUAAUAUUAAUCCACUUUAUAUAGCACUUUAAUAUAUCAGGAAGAAGCCUCUAAGCGCUUUACAGAUAUAUUUUUAUCCCGGUCAUCGGAUUCCGACGUGCCGACAUACAGUGUCUGCACUUUCUCCACUCCCUAGGGGAGCAUUCCAACAAGAGUUCCGAGACUUGAUUGCUAGGCAUACUACAUAGGCUUUUGCAUCCUACGGUUAACCCAUUGAACACCUGGGUGGAGAGUGGCAAAGUGUGGAUUGACGCCUUACCAAAGGACGCCGGGCCAUUGCAGAGAUGCCAAGUUCAAAGACCAGCUAUGCGUGAGAUUUUCUGUGAAUCUGAGUGAGAUCACAGACAUUGUGU